AUGUUUGGCGAGGCCUGUAGCUCGACGGCGCUUAUGAAGACCCUGACUGAGGAUGCCAAGUGCAAGGGAGCCAAGGUGCUGAACGAAGCCGCGGGUGGAGGUCAUUUGGAUCGCAGCCUCUUCGCGCCUGCAGUGCUGUAUCCCGUGACUGCUGAGAUGCAGCUCUGGACGGCAGAGCAGUUCGGGCCAGUGGUUCCCAUCGCCCCUUUUGACCGCCUCGAGCAGCCAAUUGAGUGGCUGCGGAAGUGUGCCCUGAGCACCUGUAGGGUGAACCUCAAUGCACAAUGCCAGUCUUCAGCUCAGUUUGGGUUUUCUCGAUAUGAACUGAGGCGUGGGCCUGACAUGUAUCCCUUUGCCGGAAGGACUGGGGUUUGGCCUUGUCCUGGAUUUGCUGUGGGUGGUGAAAGAGCGCUGGAGGAGAACAGGUUGUUGAGGGAAGAAGUUCGAUUGUUGUCCGCCCGUGUGGACGACCUGACUGAUCAGCUGAGCGCACUUAGACUGGACGUGGAAGUUAGUCGUGUAUCUGGGGAACAGAGUUGUCCAUCUGAUCUCCCAGCUGCCAGUGCUUCUGCUGCUUCGGAAACAGGAACUAUCGUGGAGAGGUUUUCACUCAGCCUUGCAAUUUGUUCCAUCGAUUCAGUGAAGCCAAAGCAGAGUGCAGCGGCGAGAGAGGAUUGUAGUUGCAGAGGCCGGGGCAACCUUGCCGUAGACAUGGAAGCAGAAGCUGAUUUUGGUGCCGAGGCUGACAUUGACCUCGACCCUGAAGAGCCAAUGCGAAUGCAAGACCACUACGUAGUUGUUAACGACGUAGUUAAUUAUUAUUUUCAGUCUGGGAAGUUGCCUUUAGCUGCCGGCAGUGGUGUGUGCGAAGUCAUCAUAAUCACAGAAGCCGAAGGCAAACUCCUGGUUGCCCUCCCUGCCGAAGUUUGGAGCAGGCGGGUCAAUACUAGAUUGCUGGAUCAGAGAGGCCUUGCCAGGCCUGUCCUAUGCUCAGUGGUAGGAUGCCAUCCAGAGAGUCGCGAUAUGCAAGACGAAUCAGUGAAUUUGCGCGUGUGGAUAGGUUUCUUGUCCGACGCACUUGCAGCAGCGAUCGAUUUCGAUGUUCCAGAUCGUAUGGCCUUAGAUUAUCCUAUUCUCAGUUCUCCCUUGCCCGAAUUCAUCCCGUACAGUCAGAGUCUAGUAGAAGUGAUGCAAGAAAGGUUCAGCUUUUUCAGUGCCGAAUCGGGCGGAGGUGCGCCUACAGACCCAAAAGGUCCUGCAGCCCCAAGUGCCGAAGCAAGACUAGGAGCUGUCGAAUCCACACUUGCCGACAUUCAGAAAAGCUUAGCCGUUUUGCUAGAAUCCCCCAAAGCUGCAAGUUUGCCUGGACCCAGUCAGGCAAGACCAUCUGCCCUGCGCCCUGCAGGCGCUGCUCCAAAAAGACCUGCGGAUCGAGUGAAGAUCCUGGAACCGUCAACAAAGCUAUCCGGUUUGGAUGGAUCUGUGGUACAAGCAGCUUUGGCUGCUGGGGUUCCAGAAGAGCAUUUGCGGGAGAUGUCAGAGUUUCUCAGAAGGAAUCCAAACCGCAUGGGCGACAUCCCAGCGAACCGUGGCAAGGCGAAAGAAUUGGACGAUCUGUCCGACUCAGAAGACGAGGAAGCCGAAGUGGAAGAAUCCUUGAACGCCCAGAUGCAGCCAGGGUCCCCAGGAGAUGGUGGUGUAGCAAAAGCUAUCGUAAAGCUCACGAAAGUUUGCUCUGCCCUUGCCGAGAGCAGAUCGAGCAAAAAGAGUCUGGAAGGACUUUUAGACUCCGGAAGUGCAAGCAGCGACGGGUCUGGGUUGGGAAGCUCACGCCGCAAUGCAGCCGCUUUGAGGCUGUUGAAAGACAGCCUCGUGAAGGACCCGGAGCUCAUCUACAAGUCCAUAGAGAGCAACAUGGCUUCGGACUUCCUGAGUCGUCCAGCUGCUCCAGGGACCCCUCUAGCGGGCGCGACCGCGAGAGGAUGGCUGGAAUCAAGGAGCCGCCUGAUGAACUACACGUCUCAUGUGAGAUGGACAUGGGCAGUUGCAGGGAUUUGGGAUUCAUUGAUGAGAGGAGAAGUUGCUCAGGCCAGAGCCCGAGCGGCUUUGUUAGUCGCAGCAGCGGACCAGGCGUCAAUCGACCAAGGGUCCUGGCUACUGAGCAAUGUCAUGAUGUUGGAACCAUCAGCUCCCUUCAGUUCCUUUGCAGGCCAUCAUCCGCCAGGGCCACAAGACCUACAGCACACAGCCUUGAUCGACAGCCGCUGGAUCGAACUGUUUCUGGGCCAUGUCAAAGAGAUGGACAGUUACCAAGAAGCCAAGAAACGCCUGAGCAGAGACACCAAGCGAGAGCAGCCAGACCCUCGUCCUGCAGCAAAGGAGAAAGCCAAAGCCAAAGCGAAGGGAGGAGCAAAAGGGGGAAAAGGAGCCGCAGCUGGGACUUACGAAGGUCGAAGUAUCUUUAACAGCAUGAUGAGAAAUUUGCUUAAGUCUCAAUGCGGUUUUGGUAGGUUUGCACGUUCCUCCAUAGGCCUUGCCGAGCCAAGUGUUGCUCUUACAGAACCUUCUUCCAAAGGUUUCCCGCUGCCUUUGCCGUAUCCUGAAGCUUUCCGGAAGGGUUGGAAGGCAUCUGCAGAAGAAGUGUCUAGGAAAAAGAUGAUGAACUGUUGCAUUAUUUGCUUGAACUAUCUUCACCUAGGACGCCCUUCUAACUGUCCGGCGAAUUUGAAAGCUGGAAACCGACUGAGCAAAAGCCAGUGGAGCAUUGUUCGUCGUUUGGAAGUGUUUUUGGAUGACUGGAUUUCCUGUGAGAAAGUCGGGCCUAGUGCUAUGGGGCGCACAGCUCCAAAAGUCGAGAGCCUUGAGGAAAUGCUAGAGAAACUCAGCCAGGUUGCCAGAGAACUGCCUAAGCUAGGGGUUGAAGCCUACUUCCCAACAACCUACGUGAGCCCUAAGCUAGGUAGCAGCAAGAGUGAUGCGGGCUUGGUAGUCGGCCAGUUGAACCAUGCCCCUUUCAGCACUUUCAAGCCUGUGGAUCCUGCGCGAUUAAAGUUCACAGGUCGGCCUGAAUUCGAUCCAGUUCCUUUUCUCGAUCCUAUUUCAGCCGAAGUGUACAAUAGCCCCUUGCAAUGCAGCCUCGACCCAGGCGAUUUUGUUGGAGCCGUGCCUUUUGUCCAGGUGCACUGCAGCCCAGAGAAAAAGCUGGAGCUGUUUAACCUCCUUGACCACAGCGGCAGAUUGGCGCUGCAUCCACCGUCUGCAGUGCGGCCUAAGUUUGCUGCGGGCCUUUUCUCAGUUGUGAAGAAUUUAGAAUAUGACCGGCUGAUUCUAGAUUCGCGCCCUAGCAAUCUCUUGGAGCAACCGCUACAACGUUGGGUGCGAUCCUUAGCUAGCAGCGAGAGCCUCUGCAGAUUGUUCAUCCCACCGAAUCGAAAGAUCUUGACCUCCUCCAACGACUUGAAGGAUUUUUAUUAUCUUUUCAAAAUCUCUGAAGAGCGAUCACGUAAAAAUAUCCUAGCAGGGCCCAUUACACCAAGUCAGGCUUCCUCCUUUAGUUGCUUCCGGGAAGAAUUUUGGGAGGAAGAAAAGUUGUAUGGGUCACUUUGCACCCUUGCUAUGGGAGAUAGCCAAGCUGUGGGGCUAGCGCAGACCUGUCAUCUAAGCCUGGCCCUCCGCAGCGGUGUCAGAAGCGACCAACUCUUGACUUUGUCUGGACAGAUACCCAGAGGGCCAAACUAUACUGGGAUAGUGAUCGAUGAUUUUGUGUCGUUGGCUGAGGUGAGUAGAGAAGCUAUACUGCCGAGUGCCAGUGCUGCCGAAGCUGAUAGGAUGUACAACACGUAUGCAACAGUGAAACUCAUCCCAAACAAAGAAAAAGCAUGUAGAGACGAAACCAAAGCCACCUUUUGGGGAAGUGAUUUUGAUGGAGACCGCGGGCUGUGCCGCGGCACCUUGAGCCGUGCCAUUCCUUUGGCCGGACUGGUGCUUAGAGUUUGCCAACUAGGACACAGCACAGUUGAACUCCUCCAGAUCAUUUGCGGCUCCUUGGUCUCUCUUUUCCUUUACCGCAGAAGAUUGCUUAGUUUGAUGGACGCAGUUUUUCAAUCCUCUGUAGAUCGCAAAGGCGAAGAAAUCGUCAAGCUGAGUGGUAGGGCCUUAGGUGAGCUCCUGAUGAUGGUAGUUUUACUUCCUUUUGCCUGUACCAAUUUGCGUGCGCAGUUCAGGAAUAGGAUUUCAGCCACUGAUGCCUCAGAUGUUGCAGAAGCUGGGGUUAGAGCGACAAUCCCUUGCGCUGUCGCGCAGGAGCUUUGCCGACAUAGCCUGAAGAAGAGCGUAUGGUCAAAGUUGCUUCCACCUGGCAAGGCCUGGUUCAGAGCAAGAGGCUUGUUAGACCCAUUAGAAGAAUUGCCUGAAGGAGAAGAGCCGAUUCAAACUAAUCCUUUGUGGGAGUGUCUUGCCAGAAGUUUGCAGUACCGCAGAGUUUUUGCCACUCACGUGAAGAGCCGAAGACACAUCAACAUAGGAGAGCUUCGAGCGUUCCUCCGGAUGGAAAGCAUAAAUGGGUUUGAAAAGCCUUGCAGUAGAGAACUUUAUGGCCUGGACUCCCAAGUUGUCCUAGGUGCUGUUUGCAAGGGCCGCAGUAGUAGUGCUGCUUUAAACCGAGAGCUGACAAAAUCUCUAGGCAAUAUGCUUGGUUUGGAACUGUACGACGAGCUGAUGUAUUUUGAAACCAGCUUGAAUCCUGCAGAUGACCCAACCCGAGGGAAAGCUGUUCGGGAAGCUGUUGAAGCGCCGCCAUUUUGGUGGCCCCUUCUUGAACGACAAGAGUUUCAGAAAUUUGAUGCAUGGCUAGAGGCCAAUGGACUAGGGUUUCAAAGCAUUUCCGGACUCCCUGAUUUUUCUGAAUUGUACAGUGAGACCACAUGUUUUUCAGAUAGCACUGCUCCGUUCGUAGAGAGCCGAGCCUGCUCUGAUUUUCCCGGGGGCUCCUAUGAUGAAUCGUUUCCGGCUGCUUGGGAUGACAGUUCGCUCCCAGUGCCCUCGAAGACAGGAGAAGCAUGCCGAUCAAGAAUGACAGACCACGCCGAAAGUUUGCCACAUGCGAAAAGUCUAGAAGCUGCAGUAGCGAAUUUCUUGGCAGCGUUCAGCUGCGACCAUCACCAGAUGACUGUUGCGGAAGCCGAGACUUGCGUGCGGUUUCUUAGAAGACUAGAUGUCAACCAAUUCCAUUCAAAAUUUGAGUCUCAGUUUUUUCCCAGUAGACCCGGCUACCUUGAUUUGUACUCCGGAGAGAAAGGAAUUGCCAAAGAAAUAGCUUGCCAUAGCUGGUGUGCAACCUUUGAACUGCUGGACGGGAUUGGACAAGACCUCAGUGAUGAGCAACUGCGGGAUGACAUCACCAGUGUAACCCAAGCAGGUAUUCCAGAAAUGAGUGAAAAGAUGAAAGUGAAAGUUCUGGAAGGCAACUCUAGCGUUUGGUACUGCCUGGCGGAAGAGGACUAA